AAUGUCCCAGGCUCUGAGCAGUGAGCAGGCAGGUCUAAGCAGAGUCACGGGGGUGAGGGGAUGAGAGUAAGGAGAGGGUAGAAAAGACUGGAAUGAUCAUCGGCCAUGGAGAAUGAUGUCAUUUACAUGAAUUUAGGGAUUUCAGCCAAGAAAAAGCAGAGUCUUUAUAAUACAGUGAAAGUCACUCCCAGAAAAAACAUGCCAACCAGUUCCAGGCAAGAGCAGGAAAGUCAACAAGGCCCCAGUUCUCUGUCUCUCUGCUGCCACAAAGUCACCAUCAUCCUCCUGGGGAUUGCUGUGUUUGCUUUGCUGGGCACAGUUCUCUAUUUGUCCCUGAAAUCCCAUGAGCAGCAUUUGGAGAAAAAUCUAGACUUAAACUCAACAACACUUGUGGCCCUGAAGGAGGAUCUGUGCACUGGUCAAAAGGGUGCUGUGUGUGAGCUCUGCCCCCCAGGGUGGCAGCUGAGCAACAGCAGGUGUUACUACUUUUCAGGAGAGUGUAGGAGCUGGGAUACCAGUGAAAGAGACUGCACUGACAAGAAAUCCCACCUCCUGGUCCUGGAGGAUGAGGCUGAAGCGGAUUGGAUCUCUAAAAUGAGGCCAAAAGAUGAAUAUUUCUGGAUUGGGUACAAGUAUAACAUAACCCAGGAACAAUGGAUGUGGUUAGACAACACUGGAUUCUCCGGAUACAGUGUAAAAGUGGAUAAAAAUGCAAAAGAAAAGAAGUGUGCUGCUUUCAAAGUGACUGAUGUACUCUCUCCCGACUUCUGCCAAUCUACCCACAGCUGGAUCUGUAAGCGACAUGUGACUGUGCUGGAGCUCUGAGUGGCUGUAGGCAGGAUCCCAGCAUCCUUUGGGCAUCCCUUUUUCACAGUCAGUGACAAUGAUGCUCUUUGUACCCUGGCUUGUUUGAAGCAUAGUCUGGAACCUCAAGUCUAUGAAAUGGGAUCAGAAAACACCCCCAUACAAGCUACCAGAUAGCCAACAGACUGUGGUUCAAGACAGCAGGGGCCUUUUUGUCUGUGUGAUGGUGAUUGUGAGCAUGGAAAAAAUAAACUAUAUUAAAAGAUGUAACUUGUA